AUGGAUGAAAAAGUUGCUAGUAAGUGUCUGAAUUUAAUAGUGGCUGCCAUUGACCUUGGGACUUCAUAUUCCGGAUAUGCAUUCUCUGUGAAACAUGACUGGGGUAGAGUAAUGACGAGCAUCUGGCAGGGAGGAUCUCUUUUGACUCACAAGGCCCCAACAUGUCUUCUUCUGAAAAAGGACCAGUCCGAGUCGUACUUUGGUUAUGAAGCAGAAGACAGAUAUGCAGAACAUACAGCAUACGACAACAAAGAUUACGAAAAUUAUUACUUCUUUCAAAAUUUCACAAUGAUUCUCCAUGAAGAUGUGAACCACAUCAAGCAUAUACUGUGCAAGGAUAUAAAAGGAUAUACUCUAGAAGCAGGUACAGUGUUCAUGCACUGCAUCAAAUACCUUAAAAACCACCUGUUUGAUGAGAUUAAGAAAACAUUAGUAUUCACCAAAGAAGAAGACAUAGACUUCAUCUUGACAGUACCUGCAAUUUGGGGAGAAAAAGCCAAGAUCUUCAUGAGAAAAGCUGCCAUGAAGGCUGGAAUUAAAAAUGAACGUUUGAAUAUAGUAUUGGAACCAGAAGCAGCAUCGAUCUACUGUCAGUAUUUACAGAUUGCUAGAAAUGCAAUAAAUUACGACUCAUGCGACCUAGGAGUACUCAGAGCCGGAACUAAAUACAUUCUUCUUGAUUUAGGAGGUGGUACUGCUGACAUCACAGUACACCAGAAGUGUGAGGACAAUACUCUAGAGGAAGUCCUUCCUGCCAGCAGUGGUCCGUGGGGAGGAAAAUCCGUGGACGACGCCUUCAUAAAAUUUCUGACAGAAUUGGUGGGCGAAUCGGCAAUGACAACAUUGAAGCAAGAGUACAUAGAUGAUUAUUUGGAAAUUAUGAGAGGGUUCGAAACAAAGAAAAGAACUAGAAUGCCAAACAAACUAGGAAUGACAAUUAUGCAUUUACCAAUCUCCUUUUAUAGCUUGUGUGCUAAAAUGCAUCAUGUCAAAGAUUUUAAAGCAAUUAUUGAGAAAAAUGCAAUGCAUAAAGAUAAUGUCAAAUAUAGUGGAGGAAAAUUAAAGUGGAGCAAUAAGUACUUCGCCGGAUUUUUCAAGAAAACCAUUGACAGCAUUGUGAAACAUAUUGACGAAUUGUUUGAUGAGAAUGAAGUGAGAGAUGUAGACAUUAUUGUAAUGGUGGGAUGUUUCUCGGAAUGCACGCUUGUCCAAGACGCCAUUAAGAAAAACUUCGAACAUAAAAAAGUUAUCGUUCCGGAAGAAGCAGGGUUAGCUGUGGUAAAGGGCGCCGUGUAUUUUGGUCACAUCCCUGAUGCUAGCUCGCGGAGAUCAGCGCAGUAUACGUACGGAAUCCAGACAUGGCCAGAAUUUAGGCCAGGGUUUCAUCUUGAGUCGAAAAAAGUCAACGUUAGUGGAUCCGUGCGGUGUAAAGACGUCUUCUUCAAGCUCGUUACUAAAGGCGAAAAGAUCUUUACAGGAUUAGCCAAGUCCCAGUUCGUCCAGGCUCUUACUUGUAAGAAAAAUUACCUUGAAUGUGCUUUAUAUAUUUCCGAUAAGAAGGACCCAGUAUAUGUUGACGAACCCGAAUGCAGAUUGAUCGGAAUCCAUCAGAUUCCAUUAUCGGCAGAUGAGAAUCAGCCAUUGUAUGAAAUAGAGGAAUCUUUAAUUUUUGGAGAGACGGAGUUAACAUUUAGAGCAAGAGAUUUACUCACCGGUGUACAACGUGAGGUUACUUUUGAUCUCCUAAAAGAAUAG